GAUGGAGCUCUAGGUCCAAAAGAGAAAAAACCCAAGGCUGAAUGCUUGUCUGCUGGCGUGAGAGGGACCUACCUGUGUGAAGAGGCUGGUGCAACAGAAGGUUUUCAGCAAGGCCCUUUGGGAAAAGAAAGCAGAAAUGGCAAUGCCAAGACAUCUCGGGCUAUGUGCCCUCUAGAAAAUCCCCUGAAUGUACCCUGAGUGCAGCUAAUAAUCAGACAGGAAACUCGGUUGCUGGGUAAAUAACCCAGCUUUGGGCUUCCCAAAGUCAAGCAAAGCAGCCAGCUCCUUCUCCCAAAGCGCUCGCAUAGUUCCCCCAGCACAGGAGAGGCUGGGGAAUCCAGGUGGCCCUGGAGAGGAAGAGGGUCCGUGAGGGGCUCUCUUGACAGUGAUGGGCUCCAGGGAGCCCAUCUGCCUGGGGAGAAGGUGGGCAACUCCUGGUCAGGGGGCUUGCAAUGUGUUUGCCCAGCCCUGGCUGGGUGAGCACAGCCACCCAGGAUCAAAGGAACACUGCAGAUUUGGGCUGGCAAUAAUCCAAGUGGGAGGAUGAGCCAUUCAGGGCACUCUUGCCCUGCCCCCUGCUAGAAAGCCUCAUAUGCCAGAGUGGCCCUCUUGUGACCUCGUGUGACAGAGAAAGGCAGCAAGCCAAGGUGGCUGGGAAAAGCUGCUGUGGGAAGGGCUUCAGGCUGUCCCCAAAGCUGGUAAGCCUGGGGCUGUCCCCUCCCUGCCAGGGAUAUGCCUGUGCUAGCUGGGGACAGCAGCCCUAUUUGACCCCUCUUGGUCUUCCCUCUACAGGUCUCAGCAGCCUGUCCCAGCAAUGGAGCCUCCUCGGCCCGUCUGAAGGGCCAGGAGACCAGCGCUGUGCCCUGCUUAAAAAGCAGCAGUGCUUCAUCUGGGAAAUUCCCCAAUGAGUGACUUGUCCAGCAAACAGCAUCUCCAUGCCUCUCCUGUGCCUGGUCCUCAGCACCCAGGGAUGCUCGAUGUGGUGACUUCUUGCACGUGCGCUCAGCCCUGAGGCACUCGGGACCCCAUCAACGCUCCAGAAAGAUGGAGCAGGAGGCUGCGAGGAAGAUGCCACGGGCCCCCCAGGCAGGCCCCGAGCUGAGGACGGAGAGCACGGAGGACAAAUCCCCCCAGCAGAGCCUGGUGGGAGAGGCCGUUUUGAAGGGCUCCCCGGCGCAGGAAGGCAACGGGGAGGAAAAGGCCUGGAGAUCCCCCUGGAGGAGGGGCUGCAAAGCCAGCCCAGGGUGCUCUGAGGAGGAAAGACCCACCAUAUGCAGGGAAGGCGGCUGGAGCUUGAGCCAGAGCUCUGACCUGGUGGUCCUUGAGCAGUUUCAAACUGAGGAGAAGCCCUACAAGUGCUUGGAAUGUGGGAAGGGCUUCAGAUGGAACUCCCACCUCCUCACUCACCAGCGCAUCCACACUGGGGAAUGGCCUUACAGGUGUGGAGAAUGUGGAAAGAGCUUCAGGCACAGCUCUCACCUCAUCACCCAUCAGAAAUUCCACAGUGGGGAACGGCCCUACAUAUGUGGGGAAUGUGGGAGGGGCUUCAACCGGAACUCUGACCUGAUCUGCCAUCAGAAGAUCCACACUGGGGAAUGGCCCUACAAGUGCUUGGAGUGUGGGAAGAGUUUCAGCAAGAGCACUGCCCUUCUCACCCACCAGCACCUGCACACAGGGGAACAGCCCUACACAUGUGGGGAAUGUGGGAAGAGCUUCAGCCAGAGCUCCAACCUCAUCACCCACCAGCGUGUCCACACUGGGGAACGGCCCUAUUUGUGUGGAGAAUGUGGGAAAAGCUUCAGCCAGAGCUCCAGCCUGACCUGCCACCAAAAGAUCCACACUGGGGAACGGCCCUACAAGUGCUUGGAAUGUGGGAAGAGCUUCAGCAAGAGCUCCCACCUGAUUCGCCACCAGCAGAUCCACACAGGGGAAUGGCCCUACAAGUGCUUGGAGUGUGGGAAGAGCUUCAACGUCAACUCCAACCUGAUCCGCCACCAGCAGAUCCACAUUGGGCAACAGCCCUAAAAGCGUGGGGCAUGUGGGACAACCUUCAGUGACAGCUGCACCUUCGUCACCCACCAGCGCAUCCACACCAAGGAAAGGCCCUACACGUGUGGGGAGUGUGGGAAGAGCUAGUAUUACUAUCUCUAGUAAUAUAAAAGCAUAAAAAGAACAUUUAAGAAAAUGUAUACGGGAAAAGAAAGAAAGUAUCAGAGUAGAAAAAUACGGAGUCACAACCUGAGGAUCCAGCAUAGACUUGGUAGUUGCACUCAUGUCCCUUUGUCCAAGUGAUGGUCACAGUCUUGAUCCAUUGGAGGUGGAGGACACCCCUGAAACACAAAGUUCAGUGGGUUAAUAUACAUUCAGGUUUAGUUGGAAUGCCCAAGUACCUCCCCUAGGGGGGAGUUUUACAGUGUCUGAUAUGGAUCAUGGAGCACUUUGGGGGCUCUCUGAUGGUUUCUGUCCCCUUCUUAGACAUGACCCUGCCUCUCCUGUCAGUGGCUGAGCUAGUUGUGGUCCAUGAGAAGGGAUGAAAACCUCUGGGCUCUGUGUGAAUGUUCCACUACUUCCUGGGGCAGAGUUUUCCCUUCUGAGCCAGUUGUGUAGGGGAGGACAGUGCUGUGAUCCAAAGCACUGUCCCACCUGGCAGUACCUGUUCCUUUUUGGCUUCUUCCCUUCUCUGGCUCCAAGCCCAUCCUGUCCCCUCCAGGAGUGGGUGUUCACCCGCAUCUGCCCCUGGGUGGUUCUUUUGCCCAUGGGCAAAGGGGCACCAGCUGCUUUUGCAACUUGAGAGUGUUGGAGCCAUGAACCAUCAACACUCCAGUUUGUCACAGCUUUGCACCCCAAAAGCUGAGAGGGAUCAAUCCAUCACCUCAAAAUAGCUCAAUUCCAUCCUGAUUUGGUUUGACUCCCCUCCCUAAAUUACUUGAUUGCCGAGUUGUGUAUUGCACCACUGUCACUCUGCCCCCACCCAGUGCUUCCAGUGUUCACAGUAAAGCCUCCUAGUUCUCCCCAG